AGACCGGCAGACCUCAGAGGAUCUGAUCAGGUGGACAGAGACACAGCGGACACACAACAGCAGCGAGGAGACACAAAACUUCACUUCAGACCCCAAAUUUGAGCUAACGGUAAGAAAAUCUGUCAGCUGGAUCACAAGUAUUCACAGGAGCGAUGAUCUGAGUGGCUUUUAUUUCAAAUGGCUGAAUGUUGACUUUGUCAACAAAUGUGUGAAAGGUUUUAAACCAAAAACUGACAUCAGGCACUGGAGACCCAACUGCCUUUCUCGGGCGCAAUGGUGGCCAUGUUUUUUUUUUUUUUUCAGUUUAAAGUGACCAGAUUUGAACAGGGGGUGGAGCUAGAGAGGACUUUUAGCUCUACUGACCAAUGCAUUACUGGCAUAACUGGCAAAUGAACUAAUUUGUAUGACAUGCAAUGAGAGCAACGUAUAAAGUGAAGUUAAAGGAGAAUAAAGUCAUUAAAGUGCAAGAAUUAUGUCAAAGUUGAACAAGAAAGUAUUUUGAGAGUUUUGUUUUUUGUUGAAGGGGAAUUUAAGUUACCUUCCUGCGCUUAAAUAAGUUUAGAAUCUGCUGAUCGGGUCUAGAAUCUAAGCUGUUCUGGUCGAAAAAGCUCUUUGGGUAGGGUGACCAUACAUCUUCUUGUACUUGGACAUGUCCUGUUUUGGGGGGGCUGUCCGGCUUUGUCUAGGGAAUUUUAUAAAAUCCUCAAUGUCUGGGGUUUGUUAUGGAAGUUUUGAAUUUGUGUCCCAUGGACUUACUGAGUUAGAAGCAAUUAAAAAAGACUCGACCCAAAAAACUCUCAAAAUUAACUGUGACUCCACCCCCACGUAGUCGUGUUCUCUUUUUGGGGAUUCAGAAUAUGGUCACCCUAUCUUCGGGGGUUUUGUUUAUGAAAUUAUGAUAAUUUUUACCGGUGAGUUACCGGUAAAUUCAGUCAUGCCAUGAACAGAGAAAUGAGCUCCAGAGACCCAAACUGUUUUCAUUCUAGGCUGUAAAUACCAUAGACUGUAUAUAGAAUGGACAGCGUCUGCCUCCUCAUUGGGUGAAGUCACUCCGAGAACAGCACCCUCUGUUGGCGGGCUGCAGUAUAGGUCAUAAAUCCCGCCUCCGCCAGCUAAGCUUAUGGAGCUGUGGACAAACUAUAGAAAUUUAUUACACAGAAUAUAAUUUUUUCUCCCCCCUGCUUGCGGUGUUGACAUGUAGUUACUGUAAGACUGGUUUGUGCUCAAGUCCUCUUUUUUCUGUGCAGCUCAGUUUUUAAAAGUUAUUAGGGGGUUCAUGUCUUCUAUGAUUGACACCUGAUACAGCCUAUGAGCAUACAAAGAUUGCGUAGCUCACCUGGGGGAUACCCUGUUUGAGCCAAGCGUCAUCACAGUGACUCUCAGUGGCUCUCCUGCCGAAUGCGUACAAUGCUAGUGCACAAUGUUGGUUUCAGGAAAUGAUGAAAAAUCGCAGAAAUACCGAGAGCUUUUUGGCCUCAAAUCCAUAUACAGGUAGGAAAGCAGAACCACAGUCUAUAUACAGUCUAUGGUAAAUACCUGUCAGGUCAGUCGGUCACCAAGUUUUAACAUGGGGCUCUAUGGGGACUGACUUGAUGCAGGACACAACCUCUAGAGGACAUUGAAGGAACUGCAGAUUUUGGGGCUUCUGAACUGGACCAAUUUUUUCAGGUUUGGAAGUGAAUCACAUGUUAAUUUAUAAAAAUUUUAUGAAGCGAAAGAUUUGUCUGAGACUUCAGAUUAAUUUUUUAGCCUGUGUUUUCAGGUGUUUAGGUCUUUGAGUAACAUGGCGGUGGGCCUUCAGAUGGUGGGUCUGCUCUUGGGCGUGGUGUCCUGGUGUCUACAGUCCAGCUGCACCUCCUCUCAGCUCUGGAAGGUGAGAAGUCAGCUGGAGUCGGUCACCACCUCUCAGUGGCAGUUUGAGGGUCUGUGGAUGAGCUGCGCUGCCACGUCCACAGGUUCCAUCCAGUGCAGCAAGUUCAAGACGAUGCUGGGGCUGCCGGGUGAGGACUCAAAUAUGAUUGGACUCUCACAGAACUGAGAUGUGACACCAGACAGAAAAAUAUAAAAAUGUAGACUAAGAAGGAGGAGCUCACCAGAGGCUGAUCCCCCAAACUAACCAAAAAUAGGCACAACUUUACCUCAAUUUCACAGCUAAACCAAAGACCCUGUCAAAGUACUAGGUCCCUUUUAUGAUUAUGAUAGUAGUCAUGCAUCAGAUUUUACACCAUGCUUAAUCAGUGACCCUCAAAGCGCUUUACACUUGAUACAUGAUUCAUUCACCGACACAGGCACACCCUGGUGGGGGUAAUCUACCUCGGUAGUCACAGCUAUCCUGGGCAGACUGACGGAAACUUGACUGCCAAUAAAAAUGUUUUUGCCUAGAGCUGAACAAGCUACAGCUGCAAAGAGGACUAGUUAUAGCCCCUGAAUACUGUCUGCACACCAUAACCAGUAGGAUAAACUGGGGUUUGUUGUUUUGAUGCCAAAACCUGUAAAAAGGACCAAAUUUAAACAACACCUAAGUGACUCUUUUGGAUAAAGAUGAUUUAAUGAUAACAAGAAAAGAUACUUCCAAUCUCUUGGUCUGAGAUAACUUCACAAAAAAGGUAGUUCUUGACUUUAUAAUAUUAAUGCAUCCGAUUGUUAUAGCACUUUAUCAGAGACCUUGAAAGCACUUUACAUUAGAUACAUCAUUCAUUCACUCACAAAGUCACACCUUGGUGGUGAUAAACUACUUUAGGAGUCACAGCUGUCCUGGGAAGACUGACGGAAACUUGGCUGCCAAUUCGCGCGUAUGGCCUCUCCAACCACCACCACACAACACUCACAUUCAUACACCAGUGGAGGACACACACUGGGAGAAAAGUGGGUGAAGGACACAACAAACAGACUAGGGAUAGGGUGGAAUCAAACCACAAACCUUCCAGUUGUUGGACAACUGCUCUACCUCCUGAGCUACUGCCGCCCCUUUUCAAACUUAUCAUGCUGGACUGAAAUCAUAAGAAAACUCCCUUCAAUCACAGAUUCAGUCAUUGUACAGUCGCCUCAUCUGUUGUUGAAAAAACAAGAUAUGACACGUGAAUCUUCAAAAGUUCUUAAUUUAUAUUUGCAUCACUUUUUUCUCAAAGUAAUAAUUAAGCAUAAAGACAAACAGAAAUCAAGUUGUGUUUCGUUCCUCCUUGGUGUCCAGUCUACCUGCAGACCUGCCGGGCUCUGAUGAUCAUAUCCCUGCUGAUCGGUCUGGCCUCCAUCAUUGUCUCUGUGCUUGGACUCAAAUGCACCAAGAUCGGCAGAACCUCAGAGCAUGUCAAAAACCAAAUCGUGCUGGCGGGAGGGAUCCUGUUCAUCCUGUCAGGUCAGUGGUUUCAUGAUCACCCUCAGGGCCAGUUUUACCGUAUGAACCCAAAGCUUUAGGGAAGUGCUUCUGCUCAUAUUAAACCCUGCUUGUCCAGCAGUCUCAGAGUUUACAGUUUAAAACCAGUCAGCAGAGGAAACAUCUCUGAGGUGGAAGUAUGAAAAGUGCUAAACAUCCCUGAUAAUUUCUCAGAUUGAGUCUGAGCCAGAUUAUGUGUUCCCCACCUGAUCCUGGUCUUCAUGCUGACCUGUUUGUUUCCUGUCUUCAUGUUUUACUGGGCUGGUUAAUUCCUUCUUUUUGAGUCUUCAUAGCUGAGUACAGAAGGAUUCCUAUUUCUAGACUGACUGCUAAGCUAAGGCCCCCACAGUUGUGUAACAGUAGAUGUAGUAAUAACAUUUUACUGUCCAUUUUUCAGCUCAACCAAGUCACUUUUUAAUUGACUUGUUAAUUUUUUUUUAGCUUUUGAGGCUCAGCUACUACUUUUCUCUGCUGGUUCCAGGUCUUAGUGCUCUGCUAAUGUAACAGUUUGGAUUUUUCCAGAGGUAGAAGUUUAUCUUGCAUUUGUAUGGUUUGUAAUUUUAACCCUUUUUCAGUAUUCAAAUAACACCUUUAUGAUUAAAGGUGCAAAAGGUCAAACCUCAAAAUCUUUACCUGUCCAGGUGUCUUCACUCUGACUGCAGUGUCCUGGUACGCUGGCAGGGUCAUUCACGACUUCUACAACCCACUUUAUGGAGGAGUCAGGUCAGUGUGUGAGUGUGUCUGGUUUGUGUGUGUGUGUUUAUGUGUGCGUGUGCUGCUCACACAGUGUGUGUCACUGCUGCAGGUUCGAGCUGGGUACCGGUCUCUACCUGGGCUGGACCGCCUCAGGUCUGGCCAUUCUGGGAGGAUCCAUGCUCUGCUGCACGUAUAGGAAGCCCUCCUCCAUCCCACCCUCAGGGUAAACCCACAAUAACACACAGAUGCGGAUCAGAGUAUAUGCAGCACUAAAGUUUGACCACAGGAGGGCGUCCUCACACAGACUGAGAGUGUGCUGGUUCUUAUAGGCUGAUGAAAUCAGAAUCCUCUUUUAAUCCUCUAAUAAAACUAAAUAAAAUAAAAUAAUCAAUUGUGGAGGAAUUUAUCAAUCCAGGCUGGGGUUGUUUUAAACAUUUCAGUAAAUUUGAUCCCUAAACAAAGUUAAAAAGAAAAAAAGGCCUUUUUCGUUUGCUGAGGUUAUGAUUUUUUAAGGUUUGUAUUUAUUUGGAUGAUGAAACUUAUUUUAAGAAAGUGUCAGAAUCAGUAUCUACAGCUGUGAUCUGAUCCACAUGUAGUUCAGUACAUGUUUCAAGUCCCUCAGCAGAUAAUCAUCUCUUCAGGACCCAGUUUAAAUCCCUGUAAAUAACUCUGAAUCUAUUUUAGACCAAAGACCUAUCAUUUUAGAGACAGCAGUCACUCUGGAUCCUUCCGAUAUCUCACAGACUGGACUGUGUUUUUGUUAAUCUGAAAUCUUCUUUUUCAUCCUGCAGGCAGUUUUCAUAUAAUUUUACCUCCACCAGCCGAGGACAGAGCAUCUACAGGGCGGCCCCGGCCUCCGACAGCAGCGGCUCCAAAGCUUACGUCUGAAAAAUACAUGUGAAGCCAAGUUUUCUUUUUUUAAUCAUAAAUCUGUCGUCCUCGGGUGUAACUUUAAACCAGAAUAAAUAUCAUGUAAGAUGUCUUCAGGUCGCCAGAGUUCGAUAUAUUUCCAGAACUCUCCAAACUAAUCAAAUUGAGCUUACCCUAGAAUCAUUCCUGUUUGAUGACUUUUUUUUGUAAAUAAAUGUUUCCUCUCUUUUAA